UAGCCACCAAAAUCAAUAGUAAUGAAUGUGUAUGAAAACAGAAAGAAUAUUUGGUUUUUAUUUUAAAGUGAUAUAACUUAUGGCUCUGAAAUAUGGGCCUUCAUUUUUUCAUGCUGUCAAGACUUCCACUACCACACUGCCUGCUUUGGCAGACAGCCAGAAGAUUGGAUUCUUCAGCCUUGACCGGAGUUCACAGACCGAGAUCACAGAAAUUGUUGAUAUUAAAGAGCUAACUGAAGUAAUCCAAGUGCUUCUUCAGGAUGUUUCAACCAUUAGAAGGGACAUUAACUUAAACAAGCAUGUUAUGCAGGCAGACUAUGAAGUAAAGCUGCAGAACAAAUCUCUUGAACUUUACCGCCGGAUAAAUGAAAGAGUUUCUGAAUUGGAGAAGUUACACCAAGAGAGAGUGAGCACUUUGCGGCACGCCUUUCGACAACAGCUGUCUGAUGCCAUAUCUAGAUUAUCAUUUAUGUUUGAACAAACCAUUGAGAUUCGACUGGCCGCUGAAAGGAAGAAAUAUGAGGGUGUCUCGAAUUUGAAGGGUGAGAAAUACCGCGAACUGCAGACAACAAUAAAACGCCAGGAGGACUUCAUCCAGAUGUUACAGAUCCAGAUCGACCAGUACCGACAGCGAAUCUCGGAGGGAAUGCCUGCUGACCGGAGUGGGAUGGACAAGCGGCACGAGGAGGCAGUAAGUGUGAUAUCAGAAGACACUCAUUCUCAUUCGACUGCCAAAUCCAUGGAUGACGAUGACCGUGAGUGUGCAGAUAAACUGAAUGAAGAGCUCAGUCAACUGCAGCAGAAAAUAGCCUUGAUGGAAGAAGGUCUCAGCACGAAGGAGGAAGAAGCUGACCAGCUCAAGGAACAAAUUGACACUUUGCAGAUCCAACUCAAAAGAUGUCGUGGAUUAGUUGAUCAGUUGCACCACGACAAGUUUGAAAUAAAGUCGGAGGAAGUAAAUGAAAGUCUGUCUGCUAGAAAAGCAGAUGAAGAAAAGCUGGAGAAAAUGAGAACAGAAUGGCUACAAACAACGGCCGAGCAAGUAAAGCUAGCCAAAGAAGAGGCCUAUAACAAAGGGAUGAGGGAUGCCAGAGCUAAAAUGAGAAAGGAAAGCUUGUUUGAAAGGAGUGAUUCCCGAAAAGGUGGCAGUCCAGAUAUUCUGGACAGUACGAACAAAAGACUCUCGAAGAGUGUCACGGAUGCCACAGGCCACAUGAGAAGUCCAGACAACAAGGAGGUCUCUGUGAGGUUCACAGAGUCGCAGCAGCGCACUGGAAGUCCGAUGGGUAGGGUCGAUAAGACGCUACUUAAUGGUGUCGAUAAGAUGCAACGUGACGGUGUCGAUAGGACGCUACGUGACGGUGUCGAUAAGACGCUACGUGACGGUGUCGACAAGACGCUACGAGGAGAUGGUGUCGAUAAGAUGUUACGUGAUGGUGUUGAUAAGACACUACGUGAUGGUGUCGAUAAGACGCUACGUGACGGUGUCGAUAGUCGGUCACCAGUAGACACAGAAAGAAUCAAACAGUUGAUAGAACAGAAUAUGCAACUAGCAGAGCUGUUAGAAAAAGAAAAAGCCAAAAAUUAUGCCAAAGUUGAUAAGAAAAAUAAAGAAGAAGCUUCUACAUUAAAACAUGACCUGAGAGAACAGGCAUUACAGACUGAAAUAGCCAAGUUAAAGAGAGAAACUGAAAAAAUUAAUCGGAUAUGGGAGAAAAAAUUUGCCAUACUUCAACGAAGUUUGUUUGCUCUGAAGGACGAGAGUUAUCUGAGACAUACGCUACAGAAACAAGCCGCCACUCUCCACCAUGCUGCUGUCAGUUAUGCAGCAGACAAACCUAUUGAGAUUAAGCCGGUAAAACAAAGCAGUAUUGCCAAAAAACCUUUACCCGAGAUACCUAAAUCUGUGACGGUUGUAAAGUCUGCAAAGGGAAGUCGUGGAGCAGGCCCAGGGGGAGCUGCUGACAAGGACUUCAUCUCCUACACGGUGUCCGUCCCCAGUGGCCGUGGAUCUGCCGUGUUUUCAGUCGAUGAGAACCAAGUAUUGUCUGACACGGAGCAGGAACUUCCUGUUGAUGUGGCGCCACUUCCACCUCCACCGGCAAGGAAUGAGCCAAGUGAAGAAGUUAGCCAACCAUCAGCAAACGCUCGAGUGAUCGUCGUUCCCUCGGCAGACGUGUCUUGAUUGUCACAGUGGAUGGAUUUCAUUACUGUCUGUGUGUUUCUUUAUCUCACUCUGAUACAUGUUAAAAAGAUAGGAUUUUUUUUUUUUGUAUUUAAAAAAAUAUAUUUUAUUAAAAAAAUAAAAUAAAGCUUGACAGGGGCAUAGCAUGCUGGACCAGGGGUGGGGUGGGGUGGGUGGGUUCUAAUAUGAACCUAGUGGACCCUUUUGUCUACAUUUGUUGUGGUCACCUAUACAAGUAGCUUAAUAUUGCACUGUAAACUAUUUUUAGACUCAACGAACUCAUGAACUACUAAAUUAAUCAUGAAUGUUUUUGUUUUUUUAUCACAAAUGAUUUUUUUAAAAUAAAAUUAAUUUUAGAAAAUGCUAUUUUAUUUUUUAACAUGCAUCGAGAUGAACAACUAUGGAUACAUUUAUCAGUGACACCUGAGAAGUUUUAUGGUAGGCAGAACUUUUAAUUCCAUGGAAUUGUUAUUAUAUCUUACAGAGCGAAACCAGUUUCAUGGUUACUAUAAUCAGGAAAAGUAAAAUUGUGAUAAUUUUGUCCCUCAUGCCUUAUUGUAAGCAUGCGAUUUUAAUCUUAAAAACUGGCAAAAACGUUUAAUUUAAAUGUACAUUUUAUUUUCUUGAAAAUUAAGAAAAAUAUUAUUAAUUAAAUAUAAAAUUUAGUUCCAUAAGAAAAUAAAGUCUUAAGUUGCCAAAUACUCUGUGCAUUUAAAUAUUUUCUAUCAAUCAUAUAUUACUUGCAUUAUAGAUACCGGUAUACGUUUCUCAGACUGGUCAUUAUUAAUUAAUGAGAUGUUUUAUGUUCCCACUGGAACAGUCCCUUCUGUAUGAUAAAUAUUGCAGUCGGAUUGAUCAUCUUUGCUUGCUUGCCACAGUUUGAGAUUAAUAUUGAAAUUUUAUUCUUUGUGAAGUGGCAGCUUGUGGUCCUUUAUUAGUUAUAAAACAUAAAGAUCAACUCUCUUACAGUUUUCUUAUGAAUACCACAAUAUUCAUCACAUAUUUAAUAUUUCAGGUGUAUGUUUAUUCAGAUAAUAAACUCAAAUCAACAAGUUCACACACAGAUCAAAUAAAUCCACAUCCCAUUUGGGGAACAUGGACCAGUCCCCAUAGUCCACCUCUCUUGUAUCCAUCCUUGACAUAAGGCACCAAAGGUUGUGUAAAUUAAUUCAUUCCAUUGCUGUAAUAUAUUAAUGAUAUCAUUUUAGCUCUAGCUUUCUGAAUCUGUGAUACUCAUCUUUGUAAACAGUCUUGUCAAUUACUGUUAUGUAUAUACAUGUGUAUAUUUUAUAAUUAUACUGGCUGAGCCAGUCUUAUCUUUAUGAUAUCUUACUUCUGUGAUAAUCAUUGUUAUUGUUACAAAGUAACAGUAUGAGAGAAAAAUGUAAAUAAAAGAUGUAUAGAUUCCUAAUACACUGAAGUACUAAACGAGCAAUAUUGGUAUGAAUGAUGUAACAUAUUUCUAUACACUUGUGUGUGAUAACAUUUUGGUGUGAAUUAUAUAUUAUAAUAAUAAUUUAAUACAUUGUGUAGAUAUAGAAUGAAAUGUCAUUUCUUGUCCCAGCUCACUGCUGAAGAGUUCACUGCUGUUAGGAAGUCAUUAAAUAUUAUGCUUCAAAAUUAGUUGAUUUUUAUACUUGACAAAGCAAAUCUGUGAUAACUAAAUAAAAAGCAUUAUUUUCUUUUUAGCAGGAAAUUAAUAUGUGUACCAUGCAUAGAGCAUAGUGUUUUAUUUUUUAAUACUUUGUGAAUAAAUGUACAAAUGUAGUGCGCACAAUGUAUGAUAUUGGUGUAACUUUUCUUGUUUUUACAAAACCUAUACAAACUUCAGGGAAAAAAAUAUAUUCUGAACAUUGUCUCUCUUUUGUUUUUUUAAUGGUUAAAAAGGCUUUGAAAAUUAGAAAUUGCUGUUUCAAUUUUUGAAAAUAAGAAUACACCUAAAUGUUUGAAAGUUUAUAUUUUGACAAAACAAAAUGUCAUUAAAUUUAAUGUGGAAAUCUCAUUACAUAGAUAUAGGAAGCAUACUGGGGUUUUUUGGAAGGGGCCAUUGAGGUUUUUGUAUUUUUUUUACGACUAUUUUAACACAGUAUUGUUUAAAAAUAGGCAACAUUUUGUCUGUGUAUAAAUAUAUAUAUAUAGCGUCUUUCAACUCGAAAACGACUACUAUAUAUAUAUAUAAAUUACAGCAUCAUCUGAACAUUGCAUUGUCUAGCAUUUUUGUAUCACUACCUUACAAUGUAUUUACUAAAACCUGAAAUGAAGUUUCGGUUAACAAAAAUAUUUCAAAUGUGUAACUUGUGUACACGAAGAAUUGUUGAAAAUAAAUUGUAAAAUUAA